AUGGGUCUUUUUGCAAAGGAUCAUGCCCUCGAGGCCGUUGAGUUGCGCACGCGAAGCGCAAAGCCUGGGUUGCGCGGAUUCGAGUUCGAGAAGCUCCCUCGCACAGUGCGCCACCAAAUAUACAGAGAAUUAUUGCUCAAGCCAGUAGACGACGAUAGCGCAGCAGAGGAUGAUGGUGACAGCUACGCUAGCGAACAUGACAAACUAAGUGAACGCAUCGAAGGGCUGAUGGUCGAGAUUGGAGAAGGAGACAAUCAAAUGCACCCAGAGAUCAUGCGUACCAACAAGAAGAUCCACGAUGAAGCCGCCGCUGUCCUCAAGAUCGAAUGUCCUCGUCACUACAGUCGCCUCAUCACCAAACUGCGCCUCUACGUCAGCACCAGGGGCAAUGAGCACGACCGUACCCAGGCAGUCGCAAUCUACUGGACCACCAUAAACGUCAACCACGUAUGCAAGAAGCUCACCUUGAACGAUCUCAAGAUCCUCAAGGUGGACUUUUACAACGCUCUUGGUCACAGGCAUGGUGGCUCAGCACGCAAAGGAUACUAUGGAGAACGCUGCUUGGAGCCUUUAAAAAAAUGCCGAGCCGAGAAGUUCCUCAUCGACGACUAUGCUUCUCCAGCUUACGCAGCCAAGUUGAAGGCCGAAGACGAGUCGGAAAGUGAUUUCGAUGACCAAGGAGGCUCUGGAAAUGAGGAGUUUGGGGAUUUGAGCGGUGAUGAUGCGUAUGAUGAUGUGGAAGGAGAGUCUGAAGACAAAUAUGAGAGAGGAGACUCCGGCAUGGAAGGGCUGGAAACGAUCUCAUACCCAGGAAGGUGA